CGGGAAUGGGUUAUGCCGCCAACAAUGUCAUUGGUGUGGCUGAUCCGUACAAUAAUUACGGUGGAGCUCCAUAUACUCCAAUGAACAGUUGCCAUUUUCUUCAGCCAAUGGACUCGAAUCAAUCUUGGCCGUCCUCCACUGAAUUCCCCGCUGCAUCACAGCCGUUCAAUCCAUUUCCCGAGAGUAAUAAUAAUAAUAACAAGAAUGGCAUCAAUGGAACAGUAGCAGCAGUAUCAGAUGAGUCCCCGGGGUUGUACGGAAGCGAAUUUCCGUACCAGCUUUUUGAUGGCAAUGGGGAGAGGCUGGUGAGAUUGGGUUCCUCGGCUACAAAAGAAGCUCGGAAGAAGAGAAUGGCUCGGCAGAGAAGGUUGUCUAAUGGUCACCAUUUCCGCCACCAGAACAAUAAUAAUGCCAUCCGAUUGGGAGGCAGCGGCGGCGUUGAGAAGUGUUCGGUGUCUCACCACCGCCAGGUUGUUAAUAAUGGCCCUAAGAAUAGUUUUGGAAAUUGGAUGUACUGGUCUCCAGCCGUUUCAAAUGCUCGUCCGCCACAGCCUCAGGCUACGCCUCCCGUGGUUAAAGAGGCUCCGCGGCAGCAGCCACAACAACCUUCUCCUGUGGACAGGCAGCCAUUGGCGCAACCUCAGCUAAACCAGGCAAAGCCGGGUUCAUUGGACCGACGACAGAUGGUUAAAACAGAAAAGAAUUUGAAGUUUUUGCUUCAAAAGGUGUUGAAGCAGAGUGAUGUUGGCAGUCUCGGACGGAUUGUGCUACCAAAG